UUGUUAAGGAUUUUUGGUUUGGUUGGUUUGUCUUUUUUUCCUUUUAUUUAUUUGACAUCACUUUAUUUACUAUUUGUUAAGACUUUUAAAUUCCUUCUAAACAUUUCAGAAAAAUAUACAAAUUUUUAUUUUCUUUUUUAAAUUUUCAAACAAUUUUUCACAAUUGUACCAACACAAUGCCCUCAACAACAAGCACUGAAUCUUCAAUAAAAGUACCUUCUAGCACCCAUUCGCAAGGAAUUCAUUUCCAUGAUCAUUUUAGUCGAAAUCAAUUUGAAAAAGUUAUACUUAUUUUUAAUUCUAAUUAAAUUUAUUUUUUUGCAGCUUAUCAAUUUAAAAUUAAAAACUCUGAAUUGUCACGAUGUUAAAUGUAAAAAAGAAAAAGAUUUUAUGAAGAAAUCAAUUUCCCGUUUGGCUCAAACUUUUACUGAAAUUUUUGCUUUGUAUGAAAAACAACGUAAAGACAUGAUGAUUAUUUACAAUUUGUAUAACAAAUUAUGUGAAGAAUUUGCUUUGCCUUAUAAAAUUGAAAAACCGAUGGAAUAUGAAAGUAGAAGACUUGCUCAAAUUGCGGAAAUGAUUAGAGGAAUUUUUUUAAAGAAAAAUGAUGAAUUUAAACAUGAACAUUCAACGGAGAAUUUGUUUUCAGAUAAACAAUCUAAACAAAAUAACUUAAAUACUUCAACUUCUUUGAAUAAUGGAUUCAAUGGAGGUCCACAACCACCAAAUUCUCACAAUCAACAAUUUCAAAAUAAAAAUGUUAAAAUAAUUCAAAAUGGACAAAUAAAAAUUGAUUUAAAUGAAAAUAAUCGAAAAAGACGAUCAACUCCAAUUAUUUUAAAUAAAUCUCCAUCAAUUUCUGCUAGUCUCUCAGUUCAACCUCCUUCAACUUCUGCCAAAUUGCCAACAUUUUUGAAAGAAACUUUUUGUCCUUCUCCAAUUGUUUCAAUUAAUUUAAAUUCUCCCCAAGCAAACAAUUUAAAUCAAAUGAGGCAAUGGAAGAUACCAAAAACUGUCAAUUGUAAUAACAACACUAAUGGUUAUAAAAACAAUACACAACAACAAAUUGUUAAUGGAAAUAUACAUAUGAAUAAUCACCACCCCAACAACCAUCAACAACAGCAUUAUUUGUCACAAACAACAACUCCUCAAAUAAAUCCUCCAAUAAAUGUUAAUUCUUCUAAAUUACAAUAUAAAAAUCAAAAAGUUCCACAACAACAACAACAACCAAACAACAAUCCACAUUUUCUUCGUUCUUCUUCAAAUAUUCAAAAUUCUUCAAAUAAACAACAAUUUACUACCCCGACAGCCUCUGCUUUAGUUGUUUCUGGACAAGAACUGUUAUUGCACCAAUUAUUGGGAGUAAGCGAGAAAAGGGCGAAAUUUACUACUAGAAAGGCUACGUGUGAUGAAAUUGAAAUUAUUGAACUGGAUGACGAUUGA